CAUCAAUAAUAUAAGUUUUCAUACUACGACUCUUACUUGCACUGCGGAAGCAUCUUUCCUCUCGCCUGGCAAGGACUGCUAGCCAGAACCGCCUGGCAUUCUACCUACUUACUUUAAAUGGCUUAAACAAACACAUAUAAAUUUCAACUUUACUGAAUAAAGUUUAUUUUAAUGUAUAUAUUACUUGAUAACGUGCAAGGAUGAAGAGUGUCAGGCGAUGGUUACCGUACUAAGCAUGUUAUGACUCAUCACCAUAAGAAUUUCUAGCCUUACAGACAGACCGUUACUCGGAGGGUGCAGUAGCUCUUGGUCUAUAAGAUAAGAUGUACAGAAAUCGAUAAAAUGUUAAUAAUUUAAGUGUGGAGACAGUGUAGGUUAAACUUUUUCUCCAAAUACUUCCUUCAUCAAAGUACGUUUUAUGUCGAGUAUACUUUUGAAUUUCAAUAAAAGCAAAUAAGUUUGAACGAUCGGUAAUGUUUUUUUUAUGUAUCAUAUAUAAAAAAUAUUCUUAAGUUCUUAAAUAUUCCUUUAAAAAUACAUUGCAAUUAAUAAAAAUAAAACCAGUAUAUUUUAAAGAUUAGUAUACCCAUUGGUUAUUGGGUAUGUUUGAUUAAAACAAGACCAAUAAUAGUUAUCAUGUAUAGAAUAAUGUAGCUUCGAGCGUAGCCUUCCCAGUGUGAAUUCUCGCCACUUCGUCGAAUCACGUACAAGGAUUAAUCGCCAAUGAAAAUUUCCACCCAACCGUGAAAUUACAAUUUAAAUGUCGCUGUUUAUACCCAGUAACUUCUCACUUAAUUUUCGUUUCCUACGUAGCUACAUCACAAACAUCCUUACGAAUAUUUUAUGACAUGUAAAUAUUUAUCGGUUAAGCUUUAUAUGGAAGCAAAUUGAGCAUAACUUUUAACCAAAAUAAAAAACAAUCAUAUAAUAUAAUCCUAAUUGUCACAUGAUGCCAAGAUUCAACAAAAAACUUGCACAUUCUUUUGCUACUGUUUCAAGAAAUCUCACUUCACUUAACAUAUAGCAUUUUAAUUUUGCCUGUUAUCGAUCUUUUAGAAACUGCACGUAUAGUAGUUAUUAAUGCAACUUUUAUAAUUAGGUAUUAAACACUCAUGUGAUAAACCCACAUUCGUGUUUUAAUACAACAGUUGCAAAAAUAUCAUUUUUUUAUUAUGAAAUUGGAUGUUUUUUAAUCUUUUCUAUGAACUAACUGUUUCAGAAUCUAUAAUAGGGUUUUUAAAGCAUGGGUGUAGAUAAAAUAAAUUAAUAAACACUAAUUCAAUUAGGCCUAACACAGACGUAGUUUGUAUAAACGCGUUGAACGUGGAAAAGUGACGAGCCUAUCAUUUGGAGCGGUCGUCGACCUCGCUUGAACGGACAUGAAGCCACAAUUCGGCGCGACUUACAAGUGCGAAGCCUUAUCUAGGACCUUCAGUCCAAUGACUCACACGUCAUUUAUCACUCUACUGAUAUUGGAUUACAAUACCUCACAUCAGCUUUAAUACGCCAUUAGUCUAGUCAGUCUAUGAAACUAAAACUUUUGUUCGGAGCUGUUUUCAAAACACUAGCGUUCGUCACGUAUCUUAAUAGCAGCAAUAAACGUUAAUUCAGGCGUCGGAAAUUAUGAAACCAAAAAAAAACUAUGCAUCGGAGAUAAGCGACUGGCCCUACAGAUGUCCGUGUUUAUCUUUUAAUAGGCAUGUAAAGUGCAGCUUUUAAUGUAGGUAUGUAAUGCGAUAUUAUCGUGUUAUUUAUCGGCGCCGCCCCGCGCCGCGCGCUUAUAACCGCCCGCCCGCCGCCGCGGAGGCCUGUGUGCGCCGAGCCUGUAACGCUGUCACUGCUCGCCUCGCUCGCUAUUCCUCAUUCCUCGCCACUCCGCGUCCACUCCGCGACUCCGCCGUCCGCCACACCAACGUGAGCCUCCGCUCGCCGCGGUCGUAUCGCGUAAACCUAAAUUCAAAUCGACCAUCCAUUAAUUUGUACGAUAACGCACGUUUUAUUGCUCCGUCUUUUAUUUUCGUUUUAUUCGUCUAAUGCAAUUGCACUCGAGCAACGCGAGCCGUAUUAUAUUUUCAUGUUUGUUAUUCAUGGUUUUUAUUGGUUUUUUGUGAGCAAGUGAAAAGGAAACGAGUAAUAUAAUGCAUGUCAUCGAGACUCAUACCUUCGCAGUUGAACCUGCACGAGACGAGGCAUGUACUGGCGCGCGCACUCGACGUUUGGGAGCAGGCAUCGCGGCUGACCUUCACCGAGGUCAACUCAGACGAGGCAGACAUCGUGGUCUCGUUCGCCAGACGAAACCACGGUGAUGCAUACCCAUUCGACGGGCGCGGCAGUAUCCUUGCGCACGCGUUCUUCCCUGGCUCCGGUCGCGGAGGUGACGCACAUUUCGAUGACGACGAAUUAUGGCUUCUGCAACCAAAGAACGACGACGAAGAAGGGACAUCACUGUUUGCUGUGGCCGCACAUGAAUUCGGUCAUUCGUUGGGUCUCAGUCACAGCUCCGUGAAAGGAGCGCUAAUGUUCCCUUGGUACCAAGGCAUCCAACCAAAUUUCGUGCUACCAGAAGAUGAUCGUCAUGGUAUUCAAGAUAUGUAUGGUCCAAAGGUAAAAAAGAAAUGGGCAGACAAUCCCAACUAUCGACCGAUACAGACCCCUCCGACUACAACUACAACUACAACAACAACUACAACAACGAGAAGGCCAUACAUUCACUAUCACGACAGGCACCAUACCAACCACAGGCACGACUACAACCCUCGCAACCCCGAAAAACCCAAUUAUUAUCCGACCCCCCCUACAUACUACCCCAUUCCACCUCAUCAUCCUCGGCCAACUCCAGAAACUACCACUAGGAGUGUUACGAAUCGGCCGGCACGUUAUCCUAAUGUUGGUCACGAGUAUCCUAGUCAUCCUAGACCAAAUUACCCAAACCAUAACGUCCCAAAAGCUAAACCCUCCCCUACUGUAAGGCCCACGCCGUCAUCCGAUAUACCGGACACUUGCAACACAAGCUAUGAUGCCGUAGCUCUUAUACGUGGGGAACUAUUUAUUUUCAAAAACAGAUAUCACUGGAGGAUAGGAUCCCAGGGCAGAUAUCCACAAUACCCCAUAGAAAUAUCUAGGAUGUGGUCAGGUCUCCCUAAAGAUUUAACACACGUUGAUGCGGUUUAUGAGAGACCUGAUAAAAAAAUAGCUUUCUUUGUUGGUCGAAAAUUAUAUUUGUUUGACUCACAAUAUUUAGUGCGUGGAUAUCCAAAACCUUUAACACAUUUAGGUCUACCUGAGAGUUUAGAAAAGAUAGAUGCUGCUAUGGUAUGGGGCCACAAUGAUAAAACCUACUUCUACAGUGGCACCAUGUAUUGGAAGUUCGACGAAGAAGAAGGUCGGGUAGAGUUAGAUUAUCCUCGUGAUAUGUCGAUGUGGAAAGGUGUCGGCUACAACAUUGACAGUGUCUUCCAAUGGAGGGAUGGUAAGACGUACUUUUUUAAGGGGAAAGGCUUUUGGAAGUUCAAUGACCUGCAUAUGCGCGUGGAGCAUGAGCGCCAGCUGCCAUCGGCCACAUUCUGGAUGAAGUGUCGAGAAGGGAGACGUGCGCCGUACCACGCCCUCCCCCCUCCAGGCUCCACUCUACGGUCACCCAAUGCCGCGUCCUCGUCGACACCGAACCAUCUAGCGACUUUCAUCUCCACCAUCUUACUAUUCAUAAGCUACGUCAAAUUCAGUACAAUAGAGUAACGUUCCAAAUGACUGCAUAGUUUUUAAAUAUUUGUGCCACUUUAAUUGUAACUGUAAUCGAAUACCUAGUAAAAACUAACGAUACCGCAUAAUUUAUUGGAUUGAGCGUCGGUAUAAACAUUUACAUAUCGGAAUAUGUCUAAGAGGUUUCUCUUUAUGGUUUAAUUGAAUAUUAGCGCAAAGCAUGCACUGCCUGUAUUAUUAUAUUAUAGUAAUAAUUCCUAUGAUAGAACAAACUAUUGUAAUUCAAUUUAAUAAUAAAAUAAAUUAUUCAAUGCAAUUUUAUUAUGUUAAAAAUUUAUGUACAUUUUGAUCUCAUCAAGAUCGAGUGCUUGGUUCGUUAAUGACAAGUAAGGUAUAUAACACCAGCCAUUAUAGCUUUCUGUACAGUUUGUAAUGUCCGUCGAUGUCACUAAUUAUUAAAAACUUACCAUUAUGACUAUUAUUAUAUAUUAUGCUAUUUUAUUAUUUAUCACCUAUGCUGAAAUUAUAUUUAAAUAUAAGAAUGUAUAUUAAGUCAGAAGUACAUUCUAAAAUAUUAUUUUUAAUAAAAAUAUAUGCACACAAGAAUGCCUUAAUAGAGAAUGGAUAAUCACAAAAUUUCUUGUAAAUUAAGCACUUAUCUAGCAAUUUUUAAUAUUUAUUAUUACCUGUAACUCUAUUUAAAUGACACUACACUAUGUAGUUUUAAGUUAAAAUCUCUUAUGCUGGUUAAAAGAGGUACACAUUUAUAAUAUGUAAUAUAAUAAAAAUUGUUGUAGGUAGAAACAUAAAAUUCCAUUAUAUGAUAAAAAUUAAACAAAUAAAAUAAUGUACUUGUAGGUACGACAAGUCCCCAAGUUUGUAAGUUUGAUAAUUGUUAUUACCUACAUGAAAAGAUCCCUUUUUCUUUUAAUUAAUUUAAUUAUGAAAAUCACAUCAGUGCUAUCUAUUCAAUCCUAGUGUCGCAGCUCUAUGGCCGUAUACAGAAAGAAAGCUGGAAGCCAACCAGCGCUUAUCAGCGCUGGUCCUUACUGGUAACAGUUACAUAAAGGAAGCAGAUUGAAGCGUGGUUUUUCAUUAGGCCGUAUACAGAAAGAAAGCUGGAAGCUGACCAGUGCUUAUCAGCGCUGGUCCUUACUGAUAACAGUUACAUAAAGGAAGCAGAUUGAAAUCCUAGUUGUUCAUUAAUUUCAAAGAGCGGUGCCAGCGCUGACCGGCGCGUGUCGGCACUUGUCGGCGACUUUCGGCGCUUACCGGUGCUGGUCCAAAGAAAUGCCUGCGCCGGUUACUGGUAAGGACAAGCGCUGGUCGGCUUCCAGCUUUCUUUCUGUAUACGGCCUUAAUUUCAAAGGGCGGUGCCAACGCUGACCAGCGCGUGUCGGUAAUUGUCGGACCAUGUCGGCGACGUUCGGCGCUUAUCGGCGCUGGUCCAUAGAAAUGACUGUGCAGGUUACCUGCGCAGACCGGUUCCUAUAAGCGCUGAUAGGCUACCAGUACGGCCUAUUGUAUGAAAUGAAGAGUUUAUUUACAUAUAUAAUACAUAAUAAAUCCAUGCUUUAAAACCUCUAUAAAAAAUCUGAAACAGCUUAUUGCCAACAUUAAAACGACCAAUGUCCUAAUAACAAUAAUAACCAUUAUGUCAUCCAAACAUAUAAAUGCUGUACUAAAUUUAAUAAAAACACUUCUUCACAUUUUCGAUCAUAUCAUCAUCAUCAGUCAGCCACAAUUUUUAGUGCUCGAUGCGUGGUAUCUGUAUGGAUUUCAAAAGCACCGGCCAAGCGCAAGUCGGAUUCGCAUACAAAUGGUUCAACACCUUUAUCUAUACAACAUUAGACACUAUUUUAUAAUAUCUAUCAAAAAACGACUAAAUUAUCACAUCUAUUGAGUUGUUUUUUAAAGUGAAUAUACUACUAAAUAUUCUGUGGUUAUUUCAAGUGUCUACCUGUUACUGUUAUCAAUAUAGAGCAAUUAAACGGCAAAAAAAACACAUUUGUGGUUUGGGGGACUAUUUUAGUACUUAUUUGUUGUUAUAGCGGCAACAGAAAUACAUCAUCUGUGAAAAUUUCAAAUGUCUAGCAAUCACGGUUCAUGAUACACUGCCUGGUGACAGACAGACGGACAGUGGAGUUUUAGUAAUAAGGUCCCGUUUUUAGCCUUUGGGAACAGGACACUAAAUAGAACAUUGUCACUCACCUGAAAAUUCAUAAAAAGUUUAGUAUCAUGAAUUUUAAGUUCUUAGAACGGCCCUGUGGUUUCAGAAUCUUUUAAGGAGGAUUCGUAUCAUGGGUAUGGUAUACUAUUUUCAUGUGAUGAACCCACAUUUGUGUUUUAAUACCCCUCAUUAUACAAGACUUGCAUAUAUAACUAUUUAUUUUGUGAUCCGUCGCCAACUGACUCUACCCAUUACCUACCCGUAGAUUAAACCGUAACUAGAAUAGUCAAAGAACAUACCUAAGAAGAUUGCCUUAAUACUGUAUUUGAAUGUAAGCUACCUACAUAUUCGUUUUAUUAAAGAAACGUUUUGUUGCACUGCCAGAGUAUAUUUGGGUGAAUAAAAUGGAUAUGUAGAAUGAAUAUGGUGCUUAUUAUAGUUAGUCUUUGUACAGAAUAAAUUGUCCGCGUGUAUUUUUGUAUGUAACUAUUGUGUGUCAAAAGAAGAAAUCGUUUGUAUAAUGUAUGUACUCUUUCAAACGUUAUUUCUUAGCUGGAAAGGACCCAAAAUUAUGUACUACUUACUACAAGAACGGUUUAACCUAGCUUGUUUAUUUUGUAAGAACCAUCGCACGAUAAAAUCUCUUUUUUGACAAAAGAAUUUGUGUGGUAAUGAAAACAGUAAUAAUAUGAUAUGUAAACAGUGUAACAUUUUUGUAUGAAAUUACUCUUUUGUUGCUUAACACCUAAAAUUAUCAUCUCCAGACGGUUGAACACAAAUUUUGUUAAGUGAAAUUUAUAGCUAAACGACUUAGAUUUUGACUUUCUCAAUAUUUUUGCGUUAUACAUAGAUAAUUUGAUAGGUAUUUGUUUUUUAUUUUUUAAGCAUUUAACUGCUAGAUGUUUAAAUCUAAAGAAAAAAGCUGCCUGGUCUGCGUGUUUUUAUCUAGUAAACUUUUCUUUCAAUUUGAUAUUUACAAAUAAGUUCCCUUUGUACUUUGAUACCUAACUUGUAUGUUAAAGUUUUUAAUUUAAAUUACAGGUUCAGAGAUAAUUUGAAGUUAGUAUUUAUGCUUUCAUAACUCUGAUAAAUAAGUUAUUUACUAUAGUAUUUAUGUUUAAAGACUCUGGUGCAAUCUUAAUAAAAGUUUAUUAAAUUAUAGAAAUGAUCUGCCAACCAUUUUGUAAAAAGGAUUGCGUAAGAUAUAAAUGAUUUGGUGAAUCACAAAUUGAAAUGAGAUGACUUGUUUGUCUGUUGCGUUCUUAAUAAUAAAAGUAUACCUUGCUAUCAAGUCGCUCAUUAUCUAGAAUAAGUUAGAAAAAUACAUUACCUAGCUUUUUUACAACUUCUUCGGUCACAAAUAAUUUAAUAAUAACUGUGAUAUUUACUUUUAUAAAAUUGCCAUAUUUCAUGGCAAUAAAAAAAUAAAAUAAAAAUUAUAAUAUUCUAAAAUAAUUACUCAAUUUGUAGUUACAAAUAAACAGUUUAAGGCGUAAUAUAAUUUUUUAAUAAGAUGAAAUAAAGAUUUUUAUAAACAAACGACUGUUUUUACUAUUUCCAUCAAUGACCUAUCUACAGAUACAUAGAUUCCCUUAGAAUAAAUAUUCAAUUGCAAUAAGAACAAGUAGGUAUCUUGAUAAGGUACUUUUUUUUAUUGAAUGUAGGUCCAUACCAGUUCAACAAUAUACCUGAUCUAUUGAAGCAGGACAGGUAUAUAGGCAUAUAUGUUGAGAGCAACCAAGAUCAAACAAAAUCAUUACUUUUCAAAUUAGCUGCCGUAGAUUUUAAUAAAUUCUUAGGAAUCGGAUUAUUCAAUUUUGAUUUUAUUUUUCUCUACUUAUACCCAUCCAUCACUAAGCUCUAUAGGAGAGUUUAGGGUCACGGUGACCUACCUCCAAGGGAUGGAACACUUCCAGGUAGGUCACACGUCACAGGUCUUACCCUUCCUAACAGUGUGUACAUUAACGGGCUGAUGAUGAUAAUAAAUUAGUUCCUGAGACAGGAUUUGAAUUUCUAAAACAGCUUUCCUUCAAUUACUUCUGUUUAUGACUCGAUCAUC